UUUGAUGGGCUGCGUGCCUACGUGGCUACAGCUGACGUAGCGUCGUACGUACGCCGUACCGCUAGCUUUGCUUCCGCCGGUGCCACAGCUGUCUCUUUGGCAUCAGUUUUUCUGGUAUUUUCUCAUUUUGUGAGUUUGUAAUUGAGCCACAUUUCCGACUUCGUGUUAGCUGAUUUAUUUUAAAGCAGUCGCCAAAAUGAUCUCCCUAACGGAUUCACAAAAAAUCGGAAUGGGGCUGACGGGCUUUGGGGUGUUCUUCCUCUUCUUUGGAAUGGUGCUGUUCUUUGAUAAAGCGCUCCUCGCUAUUGGCAACAUCCUGUUUGUCUCUGGCCUGUCGUUUGUCAUCGGCCUGGAGCGAACCUUCAGGUUCUUCUUCCAGAGGCACAAGGUAAAAGCCACCAGUUUCUUCCUGGGUGGAGUCUUUGUGGUUCUGAUCGGCUGGCCCAUCAUUGGAGUUCUCCUGGAAGUUUAUGGUUUCUUCCUUUUGUUUAGGGGAUUCUUCCCAGUGGCGGUCGGAUUCAUAAGACGGGUGCCCAUCCUCGGAUCUUUGCUGAGUUUACCGGGGAUUAGUGCUCUGGUGGACAAAAUCGGUGAGAGCAACAAUAUGGUAUAACAUGGAGCUGUUUGUGCUGCUAAAGACAGACGGAUUAUUUAUCAAAGCUUCUGACAGUGACUGUUCGGGUCAGAAAUUCCCCAAAAGCCACAAAUGGAAGCUCGGAGGCUCCACGGACCUCCUGGUGAUCUUUCUGUCUGACUGCCAUCAGACAGGAGAUGAUUGUUUAUAUUUUAUUUUUUGAUUUUUUAAUAUUUUAUGUGUGAUAUUUAUGAACUGAACUCCUGGGACCACUGGACCAAGUCAGAAGAAGAUCAUAUGUUUCCAGACU